UCCGUAGCAUCCUUACGUAGGCCCACGCCCUUGCUUCCAGGCAGUUGUGGGUGAAAAAAUGGGCUGCUGUGGACUUAGAGCAAUUCGUUUUUAAGUUUUAGUAAGCCUCUUUCCCGUCAACCAGUAAACUGUUUUUUAAAAACAGUGUAGAUAUGUGACCUAACAACACCUGCAUCUUGAGGCAUGACGGACGCUAGUUGGCGCAAGCGUCACGCACACUAGCAGCACCAGAUUCUGACACCAAUUCAUUUGCAGAAAUACCGCAUCAAAAAGUGUGUUGCCUCAAAACAUAUGCACAAUGUCAACAAACGGCAGGACCUCGAGAAUAUUACAAUUUAUGGCCCCAGAUGAGCGGCGUCAGUUUGGAAUCGAGACUCCUUUCCAACGUCUGGCUUGGCAAAUGCAAGACGUAUUAGGGGAUGGAGGAAUUCUCAAAGAGGUCGUCCAUGCAGGGGAAGGUCCUCCCGUACCCAUGCAUGCCUCUGUAUCAAUUCAUUUCUCUGGUUUCAUUGAGUACUCUGACGCACCAUUUGAGACCACCAACCACCUCAAAUAUCCACGUAUGAUGAAGCUUGGUAGAGAUGUUACUUUGUAUGGCCUUGAGCUCGGUCUUCUUACUAUGAAGAAAGGCGAGUUCUCUCGUUUUCUCUUCAAGCCCAAGUAUGCCUAUGGGGACCUUGGGUGCCCCCCACACAUACCUCCAUUAGCCACAGUCCUCUAUGAGGUGCACGUCCUUGAUUUUCUGGACUCAGCACAAGUGGAUGAAUUCAUGGAUUUGACUAUGGAAGAGCAAAACACUGUUCCUCUGUCAACCUUGCUCAAUGUGCUGGAAACACAGCGGAGCUUUGGCAACCUCUGCUUCAAUAAGAAGCGCUAUGAAGAUGCUCGAGAGAGAUACAAGCAGGCCAUGACACUUUUGCAGAAUCGUGAGCCAGUGGAUGAUGAAGAGAAGAAGCGUCUUGAGGAAAUAAAGUUGCUUUUCCUGCUCAACCUCUCACUCACGUACCUCAAACUGGAGAAACCCCAGAAGGCCCUUUGCUUUGGUCAGAAAGCACUGGACAUCAACCCCCAGAACACUAAAGCUCUCUUCCGCUGCGGCCAGGCCUGUUUGGAGAUGAACGACUAUGAGAAAGCACAGGAUUACCUUACACUUGCUCAGGCGAAAAAGCCGUUUGACCCUGACAUCAACACCUUGCUGAAAAAGCUUGCUCUCUGCUACAAGGACUAUUUGGACAAAGAGAAAGAGAUGUGCACCAAGAUGUUCUCGGGUUUAAAGCGGAGAGAAAAGUGAAGCCGUGUGCAGCUUUCAGUGUACAUAGUAGUGGUCUUCAUCGUUUUUCAAACCCUUCAGAUUGACCACAAGUGGGCAGUAUAAACCCAACCAAUUCUAAUUUUGGUUUCAGUGGCCAACAUUUCAUCAAAUGUUGUCUUACUUUUAAUUGAUUGUUUAAUUUUAUUUUGCAUUAUUUUGUUUUUGCCAGCAAAAUAUAUACAUUAUUUGCCUCAGCUCUUAGCAUUAUGUUCUGUAUGUUACUUUAAGAUAAGCUUUAUUAUAACAGUACAACUUUUGCAGUAUUAUUAAGUAUUAUGUUCAAAACUCUAUAUGGAGCAUCAGGAUGUUUUCCAGGUGCACUGUUUGUAGUUUCAGAAGUCAUAUAGAGUGUUUAAUUACUUUAAUCUAUUUGUCAUGCUCUCAAUUUAUUUAUUUAAUUUUUUUGUAGGCCAUGCAAAGUCUGUGCCUGUUUGUUUUAUUUUUUUUACUUAUGUUCACACUAAUUCCACUGUGACUACUGUCAUCACUGACAGACUAUUUUGUGUGUUAAAUUUUGAAGUUAACAUGUAAACAUUAAGAUGUUCAACCUUGCUCUGUGUUUUGAAUUUACCAUAGAUUUAUAUGGAAAGUAAUAAUAUCAUAUAAGAUUGAAAAUACAAAUACAUUUUGUUUACUUAAUUAAAAAAGUCAUAUACUGUAUAUAUAAAAUCUAUUCUCAUACAA